UUUCGUGUGGUAGGGCCGCAUCUGGGACCUAACUCUUGGGAACCCUUGUGAAAGCAUGAAUGCGCCCCCCCUAAUCCCAAAUCCUUUUCCCUCGCCCAGCACGCGGUCGAGUCGUGGAAUCCGACGAAUUGGUGGCACGCAUUCCCCUGUCCAGCACCACGCACCACGCCCCGUUUCAGGAACAGUGUCAUUUCUCACAGCGGCCCCCAUGUUCGUCCUGAAACGCACGUCGCCUCUGGGAGGGCAACGGUCGCGAGCAAUCGAGCAAGAGAUUCGAUGGUGGAGUGGGACCAGGACGAUGGCUUGUCCGCUGUCGAAGUCAAAGGGCGCCCCCGUCCGGAGAGGCCACGGCCAACCACAGCGCUCGCAGCCUCGUCGCCUGACCUGGCAGGGGCCCGUCGUAAAUUACCAGCUCAUGGGCCCCCUGCAGAUUGCCAUGGAUGCGGGAGACGGGCUGGCCAGACCCCUGGCAGAUGGCUUCUGCCGUCCUUCUGGAAGGGAAAGGCGAGACAUUUCGGAGGAGGUACGCAGAAGAAUGGCGGCUGGAUCGCAGUCGGGCGAGGUACCGGGGUUCGUCGUGAUUGUGGCCGCGGCAGGCAAACACGUGCCUCUGGGGCUGGGCAGACAGCACGCGGGAUUGGUACGAGGCCUGAAGAUAAGAUCAUGCGACAACUGUGUCCUCGAUGGCUAUGCGAUGCGAUGCGAUGCGCUGCGAUGCAAUGCCGACGACGAAAAGCAGGCAUCAGCCACCAUUCCUGCGCAAAAAUAG